CUGAAAACAAAAGAAGUGAAUAAAGCACGUGACAUGGCUGAUUUUGGCAUGCCGAUGACGUAGCAAAGGCAUCCUCAUCCCGUUGCUCUUCAGCCUCGGACCAAAUAGCCCUUACGGCCAACGCAGCACCUCUAGCAAGCUCCAAGCUAUUCAUUUCUCAUAAACAGUACGGAAUACGGAAAAUACUACUAAUUCCACUUGCCUUCUCGAUACGCGUUGUAAGGACGUAUACAGAUGGCUGCGACUGACUGAGACAGAACAAAGGAGGUGCAUGUGAGUACGGAUAAGAAUGCCGAUAAGAAUUUUGUGAAGGCGGUAUGCGGGUUUCUUUCCGUGACAGUGGAGCUUCUUGUUACCGUCAAACUUCCGAGACCCGUCUCAUCCGCGAGUGCUUUGACUUGCACCGGCGAUGUAUCAGGCACUGUGCACAGUAGCCUGUCGGGGCGAAAAGGGCGAAAGGGCAAAAAGGGCGAAAGGGCAAAAGGGCAAAAAAGGCGAAAAGGGCAAAAAGGGGCUGGAUGUCUCGGAAAUUAAUUUGACAAAGGGCGUCGGCUCUGUUUUCACAUUUGGCGGUAAACAAGCAUUGAAGAAUGUUCAAAGAUGAAGGGUCAGAGAAGACACUAAACAGGAACUAGAAUGCAAAAACAAAACGGAUGCAAGAGCUAAUUUGUCCGCUUGGCCUUUAGAGCCAUUGUGAGUGGCGCUUGGGGAGAUUUGGGAGACUUGAGUGACCGGAAAAAUGUGUUUAAAAUAUUCUCACAACCCCUCAAGUAAAUCGCCGAAGCUGUUAUAUCAUCUCUGAACAUCUUCUCCCUCAGAAUAAAUCAAAUAGAUUAAGUUAAAUGAAGACUCCCCGCCCAGGAUGAAAUAAUGCAUAUCGCUUACUAAGCCAACCCUGGUGGUUUUUCUGGUACUUGCGUACUAAAAUGUGACGCGGUUCUACUCCCAAAACUUCCUCAUUGUCGUUUGGACUGGACCAUUUGAAAAUAUACCAGCAACUUUAUAUAUUGACAUCUUCAAAACCUCCCCCUUGAUGCAGUCUUCCAACGCAACACCGCCGACCGUACCACUACUUCUUACUACUCGUAUACACUGUCCUGUUCACCCAAAAUGGCCAACAACCAUGCGGGCGAGUUCCCGUUGUUGGUUGCCCACAACCUCUACGCCGCCGAUAUUAAAGGAGAUGGUAACUGCCUUUUCAACGCCCUUUCCGACCAGCUCUAUGGCGACCAGAGCGAACACAACAAGAUAAGAGCUCGUGUGAUAGAAUACAUGCGGGAGCACGCCGUCUACUUCAAACAAUUCAUCGAGGUGCUCCCUGGUGGAGGGCAACGCCGAAACCCCAAGAGGAAGAAUGCAAACGUAUACUCCACGCCUACAGCUUUCACUCCGCCAACACAGCAGGAAAUCGACCGUGUGUUUGAGACACACCUGGGGUCCAUGGCUCGCGGUGGAACCUAUGGAGACAACAUGGAGAUAUCAGCCUUUACUUCAGUCUACAAGGUCGACGUGAAGAUAUACCAGCGUGAUUUCGCCUACAUGAUCACCGCCCCAGAGGAUGGGACAGUCCAUCCGGUCGCCCACAUUGCGUAUCACACAUGGCAACACUACUCCUCGAUACGCAACACCGACGGCCCCUACACCGGCCUCCCCAACGUCCACGAAAAACCUCUCACCCCCGAAGAAGAAGCCGCCAACCAAGCCGCCGCCGCCCAGAUGCCUCAAGUCUUCCCCUGGAUGAUCAAUAUCGUCCAGCAAUCCCUCCCCUACCUCACCGACGAAGAAACCAUAAAACGCAUCCUCGAAUCACACAAAGGAAACAUCGACGCGGCCGUGUGCUCGCUCCUCGAUGCCGAAGACGCUGCUAGCAUCUCCUCGCAAGACGGUAGUGCCAGCACUGAACGUGACCCCGACUCCGACGAUGAAGAUCUCUCGGCCCCGAAUAAGAAGCAAGACCGCCGUAUGAGCCGUGCCACGAAGGCCGUCCGCAAAGCAAAGGCUGAAGAACGUCUCGCUCUCGCCAUCGAAGCCGCAGGUCUCGUGUCUGAAGCAGACACCACUAGCUCAUCUGACCAUGGCGUGCCGAGGGAAUCCUCACCUACCCGCCCGCCGCGCAGGAAACUCAUCCCAAAGUCCCGACUGAAGCACAAGACGGGCGAAGAGGGCACAUCCGACUCCGCGUCAGGGACAUACUCACCGUCAUGUUCAUCAGCUGCGUCAUCCGCAUCCCCAAGCCGCUCAUCAUCAAUGGGCCCGGCACUCGCACCAAAGAACAACAUCAAGCUCGUCGUCAAGCCGCCCGCCGUGGUCCCAAAAUGCAUCACAGCCCGUGAACGCGGGGACCUCAAGAAAGCAGCACAGAAAGCAGCGAGGAAAGAGAGCAAACGCGCAGCAGCAGCAGGUGCAGCGAAGCGAGUGGAUGUGGAGAGCCAGACACCCACAUCAGCACCGGUGCAUAUGCCAUCACCACCUACAGAGCUGGGGAUGGGUAUACGUACGCUAUAUAUCUGAGAACAUCCCACGCGCUGUCGGUCGCAGGGACAUUUAUAAUUUUCUUUAUUGCUUCGGUUUUGGAUUUGGAGUUGCAAGAUGGGGUCGGCAGGCAGGCAGGCAUAGCGGAUUAUCCCAGCGGCUGGGGAACAUUGGUUUUUUACAGUACAAUCUGGGGCGUUUUUUUAUGAGUGAACUGGGGGUUUGCGGGCGAAAGCAUGAAUUGAGCGAAAAGUGCAUCGGUGGUGCAAGCAUCUUGAAUUGAAAUGAGCGAAAGACUGGCAUGGGGAAACGGAAUUGCAUUACGCCCAGGCCGACAAGGCGGGGAUUUGUUUUUAAUUAUUUUUGGGACAACUUGGGGGGUUUGGUGAGCAUAGAAGUGAUGGCUUUGAAGAGCUCGGGACAUCACGUGGGGUUUGGCGUUGGGGUGAAUCGUAUAGAGGAGAGUUGGGGGGUGAGACAAGCUGCGGCGACGUAUAUGAGCAGUCAGUCAGUCGUCUGGAGAGUUGAGGUGUGAAUAGAAGGGUUGAUACAUGAUACUCUGAACGCGUGACUUUGAUUUACUACUGAUUAUCCUCUCCUGGCUUUACGAUGAACGGAUUGCGCGAAGGUGGCUUUUAUGGGAUGUAAGCUGCCAUGUGCAUCGUCUCGUCUGAGCCAUGGCCAUUUCUGGCGUUGAGGUCGGUGAAAGAUCGGGCAAGGAGCUUAAUCGUCAAUUAAGGUCACUGAAGGAGCUAGUCACAGCGGCCAUACAUAUAUAUCACCACGGGCGUCAGACACAA